AUGGCGUUCUCGUACACGUCUAUUCCGCUUCGAGUAGAGGGCGUGAACCUCAACCUCUCCACAAUCCACAACCUGAAUGCCAACCCUCCAAUCCUGUUCCUGCAUGGGUUUGGCUCUUGCAAAGAAGAUCUAUCAGACAUCAUUCUUAACCCGGCCUUGCAACAUUAUGGUUUCCUCGCUUUUGAUGCCCCGGGCUGCGGGCACUCCCAAAGUGACGACCUUUCCGCUAUUGAUAUCUCUUUCCUUGUCGCAACUGCGUCCGCAGUCCUUUCACACUUCCAAAUCACCAAAUUUCAUAUUAUGGGCCACUCUAUGGGGGGACUCACCUCGCUUCUCCUUGCCCACAAGCAUCCUGAACGAGUCUUGAGCUUUGUGAACAUCAAAGGCAAUCUUGCACCGGAGGACUGCUUCCUAAGCCGGCAAAUCUUCAAUUUCCCUUCUGAUAAUCCAGAGGAGUUCCUAGAUAUGUUCAUAGCUCGCACUCGUGAGACAAAAUCCUUCGCUAGCGCUUUAUAUGCUAGUACCUUACGCGCGCGGGUACAAGCUGGCGCUGUGCGUCCAAUCUUCGAGUCCAUGGUGCGGCUAUCGGAUAAUGAAGACCUGCUCGGAAAAUUUUCAGGACUGCGAUGCCCUAAAAUGUUCAUGUUUGGCGAGGAGAACAGCGGGUUGUCGUAUCUAAGGCGGUUAGAGAAGGAGGAUGUGGAGUUGGCGGAGAUUUCGCAAAGUGGCCAUUUCCCUAUGUAUUCCAACCCAGUGGAGAUGUGGCGUCGGAUUGCGGCUUUUCUGAACAGAAUCGGUUAA